AUGAAAUUAAUAAAUAUAUUGGAAGAAACAGUAUGCGACACAAAAUCAAAAGAAUGUAUGUAUUCUGAAUGUAAUAUUUGCGAAACGACGUCUCCAACCUACAAUUUCACUAAAGCUAAAAAAUAUGACAACGUUACCUGGAUAGAGUGGAUCACGAAAGACGUUGAAUAUGAAAAAAAUGAUGAGACUAAGAAAACUAAGAAAGUGGUAACUGAAUCAAAAACAGAAAAACUGGAGAUUCUUAUAAAUCUUUUUGAAAAAGAACUUACAAAGUUUAAAGAGCAUUAUUUUAAUAUUUGGCACCAAUAUAACGUAUACAGAAAUCUCAAAAGCAGUCUUCAACACAACGAGGUUAUGAUUCACUGCGACUUUUCUGAAAAUUACACAUGUAAAAUGCAUCGGCAAAUACAGUCAGCCCACUUUGGGACGCAAAAUCAAAUAUCAUUACACACAAGUGUCAUAUACGUUAAAAGUUCAAAACCUCGAGCAUAUUGCACACUAUCUGACUCAACAGAUCAUUCACCCGCAGCAAUAUGGGCACAUCUGAGACCAAUUUUGAUUGAUAUCAAGAAAAAAGUCCCUCAAAUUAAUACUGUACACGUAUUUUCGGAUGGCCCCGCCACUCAGUAUAAACAGAAAAAGAAUUUUUAUCUGUAUAAAUUAUAUCUUGAGGACUUGAAUUUUGAAAAAGGGACUUGGAACUUUUCAGAGUCUUAUCAUGGGAAAAGUGCUGCUGAUGGUAUAGGAGGAGUCAUCAAGCGACUUUUGGAUGCUAAAGUAUCCCAUGGAAUGGACGUUUCAGACACCUCAACAGCAUACUCUCUACUGAAAGAAAAUACUACUGUCAAUCUUUUUUGUGUUAAGGAGUCGGAUAUUAUCGAGAUAAAAAGUAAAAAUCAAACAGCUUUCGAAAGCUUAGUGCCUGUUCCUAAAACAAUGAAGAUUCACCAAAUACAAGUCGAAACAGAAAACCACUCUAAUGAAAUAAAUUACCGAGUUUUAAGUUGUUUUUGUAACGGCUCAAGCAUGAGAGGUUUUUGCGACUGUUUCAACAUUAAAAGACAUUGUCUGCUAAAAUCUCGCCCCAGAAAGCGAACUCGGCUAACAUCCGAUUCAGAUGACUGUCUGCCUUUACCGUUUAAAAGAACAGCACAUACUACCAACAUGUCUGCUGCUAUCUCCAAGUCCGAGAAUAAAACACCACCGGUUUCUUCAAAAAAUAUACCAACUGUACCAAUAGAUAUUUUUGGUGCUGUUGACUGUGAUUCAGACUCCUCAGAUAUUUUCACUUACUAUUGGUACUACUAA